GUCAGUAAUUAGUUUUGAAUGAAUAGCUUCGUGUGUAGAAGGUCUUAGACUGACAUAAGAAGUCAACAGACAAAUUCAGAAAGCUGUGUCUUUUUUAUACCACUAUAAAUGAAUUAAAUAUAUAUUCACAAUUUCAUACAAUAUCGGUAGUAUAAGACAAAUACUUAUUACACAGAUACGAAUACUGCUUUUCUGGUAGCAUAGAGUAGUUUUGGAGAAUAACGGUGAUUGGCUGUUACUGUUACACUGGCCUAUUCCAAAUAUCUUCACAUGUGACUGUACCUUAAUAAGUUGAGUGCUUCGUGUAACGCUGGUUGCCAAAAAAUUAAACCAUGUUGUGAUACAUGCACCUCUAACCUAAUUUAUUUAACAAUUAACAUAUAAGUUAAUAAACAUUUUACAGGUCACUUGACUAAAUAUGAGUACACAAAAGGGCAAUACAUCUCGAACUCGUCCUCAAAAACAUAAAAACCGUACAGCUUUCAAAAACAGUCUUCAUGAUACGAACCACAGAACGAAAAUGAUCAAUUCAAUACAAGUUAGCGAAGUAUGUGUUCGAUGUAAAGAUAUAAUAGAAUGGAAAAUAAAAUAUAAGAAAUACAAACCACUGACUCAACCAAAAACAUGUACCAAAUGUGGGUUGAAAAAUGUUAAGAAAGCUUAUCAUGUAAUGUGCACAGAAUGUGGGAGACAAUUGGGAGUUUGUACAAAGUGUUGUCAAAGUAAAGAAGUUAUUGUUGCCGAACCUCCAGAAAAAGAGCAGCUGAAGUUAGAUAAUGAACUUAAGGCAUUGCUACAGUCACUUCCGGAAAGAAAAAGAAGGACGUUUUUAAGAUAUUUGGACAAAAAAGGAAAAGAAAAAGAGGAAAAAAUCGAAGAGAAAUCUUCUAAAGAUACUACAGCAGAAGAUGAUAGGAAAGAUUUGUUAAAUAAAUUGAAUUCUUUAAAAAUGAACGAUGAAGAUGAUGAAGACUUUGAUGAUUUCAUAGACAGUGAUGAAAAUAAAGAUGAAGAGGAUGAUAGUGAUGUUUCAUAGUUAUUUGUCAAAAUUCCUUCUGAAUGGAAAAUAAUAUAAUGCCAUUUACAUAUA